AUGUCGAUGGACAGCGAGGCGACGUUAACGGACAACGAACGGAACCGAGUGGACGACGUCGAGAACACCGAGAGCGACGCCGAGGUGGAGAUAAUAGGAACGCGAAAGCAUUGCUCGCGGUGCCGAGAACCCGACCUCAACAAGGUGAAAAUCAAGACCGAGGUGCUGGACGAGAUCGAAAAUUUCUCGGCGAACGACGAGUUAGACGACGUGUUUGACGCUCCGUGGGAAACCGACGUCAAAUAUGAGGAACGUAGGAAGAGGAAAGAAAGCAGCUUCUCUUCUUUGGUCAGGAGGGAAAUCGCUUUGGAGUACGUCGAUUUCGAGGGAUACAUCCAGGCACUGACCAGUGGGAAACGAUUGCUCUGCAGCGUUUGCAGGAUCGAGUUUCCCGACGAAGCUAGCUUCAAGACACAUAUGGUGGGUCACAGCCAUGGGAAACUAUUCCAGUGCGGUCACUGCGCUAAACAAUUUCUACGAUCCUCCACCCUGAAGGAUCAUCUCAGGCUUCAUGGGACGGACCUAGGUUUCAUAUGCAGAUACUGCAACCUGCGAUUUCAGCAAAAGGGCCAGCUGAAAUCGCACCAGGCGAAGGCGCAUUCGAUCCGCAGAGAGCGAGCACCGUUCGAGUGCACCGUUUGCAACAAGAAGCUGCUCCAUCGGCAAUCGUUGCGCGAUCACAAGCUGAUGCACACGAACGUGAAACCGUUCGAGUGUUCCAUCUGCAAGAAGCGGUUCCUCAGACCGGGCAGCCUGAGGGCACACAUGAUCGUGCACACCGCGGACUCGCCGUUCGAGUGUGACCUUUGCCACGCGAAAUUCAAACGAUCAUCCGUGUUGAAAACGCACAAGCUGACUCACACGGGCGUCAGGAAAUUCGAGUGCGAUAUAUGCAAGAACCGGUUCCAUCUGAAAGGAGCACUGAAGCACCACAUUCUGUCGCACUACGGGGUGAGACCGUACAAGUGCGAGGACUGCGGCAAGUGUUACAGGCGCUCCUGGGGCCUGAAAGUGCACAGAUACCGUCACACGGGCGUGAAACGAUUCGAGUGCGACCUGUGCAAAUCGCGGUUCAGCGUGAAGACAAAGCUGGCUAAACAUAUCUACGGGCACAUCGGCGAGAAACCGUACAAGUGCAGUUUCUGCGGUCGCCAGUACGACGAACGCUACCAAUUGAAAGCGCACAAAUGCGGGAAUCCGCUGAGGACGAAGAUCGAGCGACCCUGCCGAGAAUCUGUCACGCAGAUCGUGUUCUUCCGUCCGAAGUUCACGAGCACCGUGCUCGAUUGAAACGUCUAACAUCGAUAGACCUCGUUAAUUUCCACAGAAAACGAUUGAAAUGUAUAU